AUGCACAUUGAUUACAUUGCUGAUUCCAGAACCAGUGGGGACAAAAGCCAUAACUUUCGGCAUGUCUUUGGAAAGGCAAUUUUGAGGGGAAUUCGUGACGUCAGUAAAGGUUUUCUUGAGUUGAAAACAUGGACGGAGAAAUGGAUUUUGAAAAUGGGCAAGUUGGCGGAAUGGACGGGAUGA